UGUGAAAAGAGACAGCUUUUGUAGAGUCGCCGGCAUUGAUAUCGCUGCAAUUGAUGAGACUGCAUGAACUACGAGUCCACUCAACCCCACGACCUUGACAAAUUAACGUUAAAACAAAACAUACAACCACCCAUCCGACAAAUAACAAACCGAAAAUGUCGAUCCCCGCCCUCUUCUCCCUCGAAGGCAGCACCGCCAUCGUCACCGGCGGCACGCGGGGAAUCGGCCAGGCCAUGGCGUACGCGCUUGCGGAAGCGGGCGCGGACAUUAUUCUGAUCCAGCGAGACGAAUCCAACACCACCACGCGCGACGAGAUCACCACGCGCCUGCACCGCAAAGCCCACAUCCACGUCGCCGAGCUGUCCUCCCGCGACGCCCUCAAACAGAUCCUCCCCGCCGUGACCGCCCAGGGCUUCACGCCCAACAUCCUCCUCAACUGCGCCGGCAUCCAGCGCCGGCAUCCCAGCGAGCAAUUCCCGGAUGAGGACUGGGAUGAGGUCCUCAACAUAAACCUCACCUCCGUCUUCACCCUGUGCCGGGAAUUCGGCGCCUACCUGCUCGGCCGCGACGCCGCCGAGUUCGAAGCCACCGGCGGCGGCGGCGGCCACCGCCGCCGCGGCGCCAUCAUCAACGUCGCCUCGCUGCUCAGCUUCCAGGGCGGGAUCACCGUGCCGGCCUACGCCGCCUCCAAGGGCGGGGUGGCGCAGCUCACCAAGGCGCUGUCCAACGAGUGGGCCGCCCGCGGCAUCAGCGUCAAUGCCAUCGCCCCCGGGUACAUCGCCACCGAUAUGAACACCGCGCUGAUCCAGGAUGAGGCCCGCAACGCGGGGAUCAUGGCGCGGAUCCCCGCGGGGCGGUGGGGGAGGCCCGAGGAUUUCAAGGGGGUGGUAGUGUUUUUGGCGAGUGCGGCCAGUGCGUAUGUUUCUGGGGAGGUGGUUACGGUUGAUGGGGGGUGGAUGGGGCGGUAAUCUUUUUGAUUCUGUGAGGGGGGGGGUGUCGUCUGUAUAUAGGUUUUGUGAGGAAUUGAUGGGUUGGUGAUUUUUACUGGUCAUGGAGUUCUUGGUGGUGAGAUGGUGCAGUGGGUUCGAGUUGUGGAAUGUGGGUAAAUUUAGGGAUAGGUAUGGCAAGGUUUGUACAAGGACAGGCUGUCAUCGCCAAUGGCAUCACACAGUCGGUUAUACGGAUGCACAAUUGUUACACGGUGGAAUCUUAUCAUGAACUGGAUUGAAAGGUUGAGCGGGCUGCAUGUUCCUAGCAACCUUUGCAUAGCUCAUUUGUUGUUCUAGACCCAAGGUACCGACUCU